CGCAAACUUGUCGAUGAAAACAGUGUUUCAGAAAGUUUUGUCGAAGAACUGAAUGAUAAAUACGAUGCGAUUCUGACGGAAGCGUAUAAGAAUGCGGAGAAGGAGGUGAAGAUGUAUAACAAAGACUGGUUGGACUCCCCGUGGAGUGGCUUCUUCGGCACCAGAAGUGAAUUGAAAUGCGAUCCGACCGGUGCUCCGGAAGAAGUGCUCAAACAUAUUGGCACUCAAUUCAGUACUCCUCCGCCCGGAAACUUCAAAAUACAUCCCGGAAUCAAAAGAAUUCUGAAGUCGAGGUUAGAGAUGAUUGAAAACCGAUCCGUCGAUUGGGCUCUCGCGGAGGCCAUGGCUUUUGGUUCACUACUGAAGGAAGGAAUUCACGUCAGACUUAGCGGUCAAGACGUCGAGAGGGGAACUUUUAGUCACAGACACCAUGUCUUACAUCACCAGACAAUUGACAAAACAACGUAUAGACCUCUUUGUCACUUAUAUCCAGAUCAGGCGCCGUAUACCGUAUGCAACAGUUCUUUAUCCGAAUAUGCAGUCCUUGGCUUCGAGUUAGGCUUCUCUAUGACUAAUCCGAACGCAUUGGUUAUAUGGGAGGCACAGUUCGGUGACUUCUUCAACACCGCUCAGUGUAUUAUCGAUCAGUUCAUAAGCAGUGGUCAGGCGAAGUGGGUUCGCCAGAGCGGACUCGUCUUAUUACUACCGCAUGGUAUGGAAGGCAUGGGUCCCGAACACAGCAGCGCUCGACCCGAACGCUUCUUACAGCUCGUCAACUCUGAAUCGGAACAAUUUCCCCAAAUUGAUGAGGACUUUACGAUGAAGCAAUUGCAUGACAUCAACAUGAUCGUGGCCAAUUGCAGUACACCCGCCAGUUAUUUCCAUAUAUUGCGGCGACAAAUAGCCCUUCCCUUCAGAAAACCCCUGAUUAUAUUUUCGCCGAAAUCACUUCUUCGACACCCGGAAGCGAAAUCCAGUUUUGAUGAGAUGACUGCCGAAACACAGUUUUCGCCAAUUCUUCCCGAUUCAGGUCCGGCGGCGAACAACACACAGAACGUGAGGCGUUUGGUAUUCUGUACGGGAAAAGUGUAUUACGAAUUGACUAAAGAGAGGACGGCUAAGGGUCUGGAGAACGACGUGGCCAUCACUCGUAUCGAGCAAUUGUCUCCCUUUCCCUUCGAUAAGAUUCGCGAUGAAAUCCAAAAGUAUCCGAACGCAGAGCUCGUGUGGUCUCAAGAGGAGCACAAGAAUCAGGGCUAUUGGUCUUAUAUUCACCCACACAUUGAUUGUGUGCUAAAUCAUCUCAAUCUCUCACAAAAGAAAAUUAGCUAUGCGGGUCGAGCGGUGUCUCCCUCGACAGCGACGGGCAGUAAACACGUGCAUAAGAAAGAACACGCGAAGCACUUGAACGACACGUUUCACAACUGAUUUCACACCAAAACCAACACUCGUUUGCACUCGACUUAGAAAUUAUGUCCAAAAAAUGAAAUAAUUGUUUAAUAAUUCAAAAUAAGUUUUAAUGUAUUUCUGAGUUAUUUCUCAUUUUAAUUUGUGAUAAAAAAUUAG